AUGAUGUUCCUACAGCGUGACCUUGGGACGUCUGUUCCAAUGCGUUUGUAUAAAAUGACGAAAUGUUGCAUGUUUGUCGUUAUAGUUAUAUUCGUUUUAAUUAUUGGAUCUUCUGUGAUUUUUGGUGUGGUUGGUCCGAAUGUAUCACAUCGCUUCACUACUUCUGCUUCAAAUCAUCCAAGUUCACCUAUUUCAGAAGCUACGGUGUAUCAGGUGGAUUCGCCACCUCUCUCAGUUUUUCAUCGUGAACUCUGGUUAUCAGCUGUGGUUAGUCGUGCACCGUUAGAACAGGAUGCGAAGGUGUCAGUGAAUCUCAAUACAUCUAUAAAAGUACAAAUACCACUGCAAUUUGCUGUUGCUAAUACUGAAAGUAAAGCAUUUAAGCCUCUUUCAGAUGACAAAAGUUCUCUGGCUCAAAUGGGUCCAAUUCACAAUCGUACUAUCCAAGUAAAUUGUCCAGAAACACUAUGUGAUGAAAUUUUCCUAUUCCAUCUUAUUCCAAUCGACUUUACAAUUUAUAAAUUUAGUUUAUCAUUUAAUCAUGAGUUGACUAGUGAUUUUAAUGAUGAAAAUUAUCAACGAAAGUAUAUCUUCAGCAUCAUGAAUAUGGAUUUUAUUUUUCAAUAUUAUACUGUUGAAUUCACAUAUAUGGAAUUAAUUGUAAAAUUUAUACUGUUCAUUAUUUCCGAAGUAAUUACUAUAUGGUUUUACAUUAGUAUGAAAAAAUUCAGCGUUUGUUAUUGGACGACGGAACAGUGUUGUAUGGCUAUCCUACUACCCUUAUUAAUACUUUACAAUAAUCCUUUGUAUCCCCUUCAAUAUUUGACGACAAAUUGGUUUCCAACAUGUCUUGGGUAUUUCUUUCAAGUUACUUUCGUUUUUACAUUGUUACUGGUAUGGUUGUGUAUAUUUCAUGGUAUACGAGUUUCGAAUCGAACAUUUCAGAAAUUUUAUUUACCAAAAAUAAGUUUUAUUGGCAUUUUCUGGUUGGUUAUUUUCUUAAUUAUCACUUGGAAAACGUAUGUUGAAUAUCAUGAGCCUAUGUUUGAUAUUCUAGAAUAUACAGAACUUCUUAUUUUUGUUGUGGUGUUUCUUACUUUGUUUGUUUUAAUCUAUGUGGUCUUAUUCGCUGUACUAUUCAUUCGCGCUUGUCAUAAAAUAAGAAAAUUACCAUAUUUUAAUUUACGACUAUAUUUUUUAACCUUCUUGUCAGCUAUCUUCGUUAGUGUGUUAGCAAUUAUUUGCUUAGUACAUUUCAAUCGAAAAUUUUACUCUCAGACAUUGCAUUAUUUUAAUAGUAAGAUGUAUCCUCAAUCCCACCACCAACAGCACCAACAGCAAAAUCAUCCAACUUUCUUGGGAUUACAUCUACUCAAUGGUAUUCUUGCCUAUCAUUCAGCGUUUGAAUUUGCAAUAAUACAAUUUACUGUUAAUGCAUACAUUAUUAUAUUGGCAUUUGUUUAUUCACCUCCGAAUAAUACACAAAUUGAAAUGGAUGUAAAAGACGAUCCAUCAUUGUCUAUGAUAAAUGAUUCAGAUGAAGAUGUGAUGUAUGAAUCAGAUACUGAAACGAAAACGUUUUUAUUUGCACAGCAUAAACAGUAA